AUGGCUGGCGGACAACUUCAUGUAACUGUUAUUGAAGCUCGAGGUUUACACGGUGAAGACUUGGGGGUAGUCGAUGGAAUCGGACCAUUUCGUAGAAUGUUACCAAAAACAAAGCCAGCUAUUCUUGAUGAAUAUGCCGAUCCAGAAGAAGCAUUGUUUCUCACGCCAUAUAUUGAAUCAGGGAAUAUCGAUCAGGCCCGAAAAGUGUUUCUCGUAGGUGGGCCUGGCGGCUCGUCGCUGUUCGGUUUAUUUACAGAACAAGGUCCAAUCCUCAUAGAUCAAAAUAUGAGUCUUGCACAACGGAACAUAACAUGGAAUUCAAAAUAUCAUUUAUUGUACAUUGACAAUCCAGUCGGAACCGGAUUCAGUUUCACCAAUAAUGAUGAUGGGUAUGUUAAAACUGAAGAUGAAGUUGCUAGAGAUCUGUACACGAUGCUAGUACAAUUCUUUCAAAUCUAUUAUGAAUAUGCCACAAAUGGCCAUUCUUUAAGGCCGCCCCAGUUUACGGAGUACGAGAUAGCCAUUCAAAACCGAACAAGUUGAAGGAUGUUAUCCGUUCCGAAUAUUUUCAAAAACUGAUUUCGCCUAGUUUUCAGACAUCACCGCUCGUUAGCUAGUAGCAUCUUCAAUAGUAAUGAUAUCAUGCACUCUCGAUUUAUGUAAGAGGUGCAAAAAUAAGGGAUUGAUAUUUUAGAUUUCCCUGAAACAGCUGGAAGUCUUUCCUACUUUUCUUUGGAAACGGGAGUUUUUCAGAAAAAUAGAACCAAACAUUUACAAAAGGUUUUCGUAGUACAGACUUCGUAACGGUUCGUGCUAUAUUUUGGCCUUCGAGGUUAUCUAACUAGUUGUCUUCGUUAUUAUUGCUGCCUAUUAAACAUUAGUAGGUACUGUAAAGAUAGAUAUGAACACUUUGAGAAGUAUGAGGAUGGGAUACGAAAGCUUUUUUCUAUUAAACAUUUCUUAAGGGUAGAUCGGCGUUUCGAUGAUAGCUGUUCCAAGCUCGCCAAACAGCAUAAAGCCAAGUUGCAGCGCGAAUGGAGUAGAAUCACUAGAGGGACAUAAUCAAUGGUCCACUAACACAUGCUACCGAAGAACCUAUAGAUGUUAGUACUUUUGAGGGUAUCGGCCAGUCGGUACUAUCUGUGGCACAACAUACAAAACCAUAUCUCAAGUCGUUAAGCUGUCAUCACCAAAUAGUGUUAAGAAUUGUACUGCAGAUGCCCCGUCAACCGACGUUUGAGUGACCAACAACAGACACUUUUCAAUAUGUUUUUUUUCCGAAUCAGGAAAAUUUAGUGAUUGUUCACUUCUGUAAUCUGUAACGAUUAAUACCGAUUAAUGAUGAUAAAAAUUUGUUUGUUGUAUUCGAGACCUUUGGGAGGAUGAGGUUUAGUAGCUUUAAGGAAUGCACUUUGCUUACUCGUCGGUGUCGCUCAAAUGCCGGUCGCUCCAGUGUUAGUCGCUCAAACGUCGGUUAAUCCAUAUGUCCGAUCGGUGGCAUCUAAAAUGAACAGACACGAGAAAAUAUACUCAAAUGUGCAUUUUGCUAAGCGAUGUCGUUAAUAGAUGAUUCCUAAGUCCGUUCUAUGUUACUGGCGAAUCAUAUGCUGGUAAAUAUGUACCGGCUAUCGUAUACAAAAUUCAUUUAGAAAACCCACAGGCAAAGAUCAAGAUCAAUCUAAAGGGAAUGGCAAUUGGAGAC